AUGCUUGCUCUCACCCGUCCAGCCAUAUCGUCGUCUUUCUCAGAGCUCAGAUCUCAGUUAUUCGCUGGACCAUCCAGUUUGGCGAACCAAGUUCGAUUCGCAUCGAAAGCUGCAGGUGGUAAAUCGAGGAAUGGAAGGGAAUCUUCAGGUAAGAGAUUAGGAGUGAAGAGGUUUGGAGACCAAUACGUACCGCCAGGCUCCAUCCUGAUUCGUCAAAGAGGCCAAACUUUCCUUCCAGGGCAGAACGUCGCCCAAGGUAAAGACUUCACUCUAUACGCCGUUCAACCAGGAUAUGUAAAAUUCUAUCAACAUCACUUACCUUAUCCUCACUUAUCACGACCUGAUCAACCUGGUCCUCAGAACCUCGCACCGGUAAAGAGACCAAGGCAGUUAAAGCAGUUUGUAGGGAUUGUAGCCGAUAGAGAAGAGAGAUUACCUCGUGAUGAGUUGAGUAGAGGGAGAGAAAGGAGGUUUUGGGGUUGGCCUAAGGAGAAGGCUGAGGUAAUAAGGCAAGAAGGAGAAGUAGCUUCUUUAUAG